AUGGCCAAAGAGUUUUUUAAGAAACAUUUUCCUCCCCACAAAGUCCAGCAAGUAAAAAGAAGGAUAGCUAGUUUUGUCCAAGGAGAAAAUGAGACCUUAUACCAAGCUUGGGAAAGGUACAAAGAUCUUUUCAAUUUCUGCCCAACUCAUGGGUAUGAAGAUUGGAGGUUGGUUAACUAUUUUUAUGAAGGACUUACACCAAGGGACCAACAGUUUGUUCAACUCUCAUGCGGAGGGGACUUUUUACAAAAAGAACCCGAAGAUGCAAUGGAAUAUCUUGAUGAGAUAGUUGAAAACUCUAACACAUGGACUGGACCUAGCCCUAUGGACUCCACUGAAAGGACUAGAACUAACACUACCACUUCUAGUGGAAGUGUUUUAAAGUUGAGGGAAGAUGAUCACAUGAGUGCAAAAAUCAGCAUGUUAACUAAAGAAAUUGAGGCAUUCAAAAUGAAAGGAAGUAGGAAUGUUAGUGCUGCCUUUAGAGAGGACCCAAUGAAGGUGUGUAAAAUUUGUCAUGAAAUAAACCAUGCUACAAAUGAAUGUGCAUCACUUUCAUCAUUCUUGAAUGUGCUAGAAGAACAAGUACAUGCAUUUAAUUCAUACUGGCUAAAUAAUUCUUCAUAUUCUAACAAUUAUAACCCAAAUAUGCGAAACCAUCCGUAUUUGAGUUAUAAGAGUGACAAUGUGUUGAAUCCUCCUACUCCAAGGAAUUUUAAUUCACCACAUGCAUCAUCUAGACCUUCCUUGGAGGAUGCACUUAGUACUUUCAUUCAAAGGAAAAGUGAGCAAAAUCAAAAGUUUGAAUCCAUGAUCACUAGGCUAGAUGAAGAGGAUAAACAUGAGGAAGUAAAAGCUGUGACCAUUUUGAGGAGUGGUAAAGAGAUUGAUAAAAGUUCUCCUUUAGUAACUAAGAAAUCUAAGGAGACCAUAGUUGAAAAAGAGAAGGAUGAAAUUGAGUCACUUGGGCUUGAUGACAUUGAACAAUGCCCAAUCCCUCCACCAUUUCCCCAAGCCUUAAAAUUACCUAGGAAAUUGGACACCGCGUCUGAGAUAUUAGAGCAUUUGCAUCAAGUCAAGAUAAAUUUGCCAUUAUUGCAUGUUAUCAAGCAAGUGCCUGCAUAUGCCAAGGAAUGGGAGAAUGCAACUCACUUUUGGUUCCAUGACUUUGGAGCUAAACAACCACAUGAGGAUGAUGACUAUGCUUAUGUGAACCUCAUUGGGGCGGUGGUUCAAGAAGAGUUUAAUAAGAAUUGUUUUUCUGAUCCUCUUGAAACUCUUCUUAAUAAUUUUGUUGGUUCUUAUGAUUUAGAAUGUGAUAUUCAUGUUUCUGAAAAUUUUUCUUUGUUGGAUUCCUCACAGGUUUUGGAAGGACAACAAGUGAUGGCAAUUAAUAAAGGAUGGAAGCCUUGCUUUGAGGAGCUACUAGAAAAUGAAAAAAAGUUCGUGCAUUCAAGUGAAGAGGCACCACAACUGGAACUUAAGUAG